AUGGGUACCUUCCAGAUCCUGCUGUUCGCUCUCAUCGCCAUCAAGAUCAAAGCGAAUGCCCCCGGUGCACACACCUUUCCCGAGAUCGUCUUCGCAAGGCACGGCAAGAUCGCCCAUAUAACGUACCUCUUCAACGGCCUUGCAACCAACAUGCUCGUCGGCGCCUGCUUAGUACUCGGCGGCAGCCAGGUCGUUGAGGCGUUGACUGGUAUGAACGUGUACGGCGCUUGCUUUCUGAUACCGCUGGUCGUGGCGGCAUACGUUAUCGCUGGAGGCCUGCGGUCGACAUUCAUCGCCGACUACCUUCAUACCGUGGUCUUGUUUAUUGCGAUCAUGGUGUUCGGCUUCCUGAUGUACGCCACCAGCGACCUUGUUGGGUCGAUCAGCAGGUUCUACGACAUGCUGCAGGAUGCUUCGAAGGCCAUGCCGAUUGGCAGUAAUACUGACGGUUCGUAUCUGGCUUUCCGCUCGGUGGAUGGCCUGGUCUUUGGCAUCGAUCUCUUCGCAGCCGGGUUCAGUACGGUGUGGCUUGAUCAAGCAUACUGGCAACGCGCAAUUGCUUCGAAGCCGGAGACAAGUGUGAGAGCGUACAUCUUGGGUGGUGUAGCUUGGUACGGCAUCCCAUUUGGAUUUGCAACCGCUAUGGGUCUCGGCUGCGCUGCACUGACCAGUAACCCACGAUUCCCAACGUACCCCAACCCUCUUUCAACACAAGAGAAUGGCGCCGGUCUUUCCUCGCCUGCCACAGCCAUCACGCUGCUCGGUCAAGGUGGAGCUGUGCUGAUGCUCGUCUUGCUCUUCAUGGCUGUCACAUCCAGUACUAGCGCCGAGCUGAUCGCGGUGUCCUCAUUGCUUACAUUCGACGUGUACAAGACCUACAUCAAGCCAGACUCUACUUCGGCCGGACUGGUGCAGAUCUCCCACUACGGCAUCAUUUUGUAUGCUCUGGUCCUCGCCGGGUUCUGUUGCAUUUUAAAUGCUGUUGGAUUGGACCUAACAUGGCUUCUCACCAUCCUCGCGAUCAUGGUCGGUGGGGCUUCGAUUCCGGUUGGCCUCAUUCUGCUGUGGAAGCGCAUGUCGACGGUGGCAGCUGUGGGCGCGCCAUGGAUUGGUUUGGUCUGUGGCUUGAUUGCCUGGUUCGUCACCACGUGGAAGCGCUCUGGUGCCAUUACCGUCGCGACAUCCGGAGAUACGACCAACGCUGUUGCUGGAAACAUUACAUCGUGGGGCGUCGGCUUCCUCAUGUCCAUCGUCCUCACUCUGGCCUUUCCGGCGAAGUACUCGAGCACCGACCCGAAGCAUAUCGAGCGCAGCAACAAGAUCCAGGGCAUCUCCACCCAUCAGGCGGCUGAGGUGAGUCCGGUUGGUGACCUUAGCGAGAAGUCGGUCUCCCCAGCGGACGACGAGAAGAAAGCAGGACCUGCUGCGGAGAACCAGCCACCAUCGGCCCCUGCACCAGAGACACACGUGCCAACUGGCAAUGAGAUCGUGGACUUCCUCGAAGCAAAGCAGAUGGAGCCGAUGGACCCUGUGGCUGUAAAGAAGAGCGAGCGACUAGCCGUCGGAGCGAACAUUGUCUUCGGUGCGGUUGCGAUCAUCCUGGUUCCAUUCACACUGUUCGGGACAGGCUACAUUUACAGCCGCUCCUUCUUCACAGGGUGGGUGGUGAUGAGUUUCAUCUGGGUGUGGACCAGCAUGUGCAUUUGUGUCAUUUAUCCGGUGGUGGAGAGUACUGGCGCGCUGAGGAUGGUAAGCCGUGGUCUUUGGAAAGAUACCAUGGCCUUGUUUGGUGGGAAGAAGAAUAGGGCCGGGCAGGCGAGUAAUGAGGCUUGA